AGGGGCUAGUGUUUGUUUACAUCGUGUUUCAAAUGGCUUGUUCCUCUCAUUCUCAUCCAUAAAAAUAUGUACAUUACAAGUUCAUAUAAUGUUAUAGGACUAAUUCUUGAAUAGUGGUAGUAGUGUUGUUCACGUAUUCCAUCAAUUAUCGAUUGUAGUGUUGGAGAAUUUCAGCGUGCUUUAUUAUUGCUUCAAAGAUUAUUUCAAAUGAACCGAUAUCAAUAAAUCUAUUUUUAGCUGUGGUGUCGUUUCUCGACUCACUAAGAGAUCAGUGAAUGUUGCAUUUUCUGUAUUGGAAAGAUAGUUUUAAAACUCAUUUCACCAUCUAAUUAAUAAUAGUCUUGAUGAUAUGAACUUUGGAGUGGAGUUCAGCAAUGUGGACAACUUCUACCCAACUUCCACCUCACGCAAUGAGAGCCUGCUUAUUUAAAAUUAUUAAUUCAAUCUUUAACUUUGAAUAAAAAAUCCGGAAUUCAAAAUUCAAAGCAUUGGUGUUGUUUAGUUAGUGGAUACAAGCAUUGUGUAAUUAGUGGAUAGAAGCAUUGGUAUAGUCAGUCACAGUCAGUGGAUACAAGCAUUUGUGUAGUUAUUGGAUGCAAGUAUUGGUAUAGAUCUAGUGGUUAGUGGAUGCAAACAUUGGUAUAGUAGUUAGUGGAUGCAAACAUUGGUGUAUUAAGUGGAUACAAGUCUUUUACUCUGCUGAAAAUAAAUGGUUUCAGGGAUAAAAGAUCUAUUGUUUAACCCAACAAAUAAUUUUAAACAAUAUUUUAUCUUGAAUUUAAUUAAUAUUAAUUAUUAAUACUGCUUUGAAGUGGCUAAAGUUGCCAUGUUUGGUUACAUGCUUUAUUAAUUUUUGAAAAUUUCUAACACUUUUCAGCACAGAGAUGGAACAAGGCAUGCUUAUGCUUAUAAUAUUCCUGUCUUUUGCAGGAGCCUAUGGGGAGUAAGUAUUAUCAAUUGGAAUAAAGCCCCCCACAUGACAAGAAAUAUAUCUGAUUGAUCAAAUAAAUAAAACAAAUUACCCAUAAUAAGAUAACCUGCUCAAUGAGCUAAAGAGAGACCCAUCCAUUUUUAUAUGGCCACAAUUUUGUAUUUUAGAGAGUAAUCAUUUUAAUUGAGAUGUGUUAUUUUUAAAAGAUAAAUAAAUAAAUAUCAAUGUGGCCACUUCAUUAAAAACAUAUUGAUAUUGGUACACCUUCAGUAUAUUCACAUAAUUAUGUAAGCUCUGAGCACUAGGAGCUCAUAUAUAUUUAAAAAAUAAAAUUGCCAUUUCAGAGUUGUGAAGAAGGGCAAAAACAAUUCUUUUUAUGGCCUUAAUAAAAUAUUUAAAGAAGUAUAAAUACAACUAUUAAUACUACUUUAAAACAUUCAUGGUGAAGGGGGAGACGAGACCCUCACAGUGUUGUAUAGUCGGUUUUUUAAGCAAAUCGAACCUCAAAUAAAAUAAAAUUAAAAAAAAAAAAUUGGUUUAGUCUUUAAUUUAAUUUUUUAAAAAAGCAACAAAAUAAAAAGCAAUUUGCAAAGAGAAUCAAGGAUAGUUUAUAUUAAAAAAUAUGCUUUUUUUUAAAAGACAUGUCAAUUUGAUUAAAAGAACACAAAUAAUAUUCCAUUUCCUUAAUAUAAUUUUUGAGGAACUGAUCACUAUUCAUUCAUCUGCCAUAAGCUACUUAAAAAAAUUAUACUCAAUUUUUUUCCUAUUAUAAUUGAUGUAUAAUGUAAAUGAAAAAUAAUUGUUUACCCAGAACCGGAACUUAUUUCAUCACUGCCCCACAAACAAUUUACCGUGGGGGCAUCUUUGACAUAAGCAUUGACAUUCUUAAGGACAACGUGAGUGUGCCAGUAGAGGCUUCUCUACAGGAUUCGGUUUACAAUUCAGUGCAUAAUCGUUAUGAUGUUGUCACAUUAAAAACAAUGAAGGGCAAUUUUAUAAAAGGUAAAGUCAUUGAAUAAUUACAAUUUUAAUGGUUGUCAGUUUUUUGGGACAACUAAAUGUUGAGCUUGUGCAUGAACAAAAAUAUGAAUGUAUCAUAACACAAACAAUCUGGUAUUUAGGCUUUAUAUACAAGGACAUUCCAAAAAGUAAAAUGGAGGUAUCAUGUGCACCCUCAUCCAUUUAAAUUCUGGUAACCAUACAUGAAAUGCAUUUUAAUGUCAGAAAGUUUCUGUUGUCCAAUUAGUUUUUUAAUUCCAUAACAAGAUCAAUGUAAUUUAUCAAGUGUAACAAUUUUGAGGUUUGUUAAAUUGUUUCUAUCCUUUUUGUUUUUCAUGAAGGUGUGACUGGAACUCUUUCAUUUGCGGUAAGUUUCAAAUAAAUAUUUCCAUAAGGGGUCCUAAAGACUUAUGUAAAAAUGAAUACACAAAUUUGUUAAACUGUAUCAUCUAGGUUUAUGAAAAAAUUAAUAUAUUAUCUACAACAAGUAUGUAAUUUAAGAAUACUGAAGACCAUCUUCUAUGAAAAAACAACAAUUUAUUAAUAAGCAGCCUAUUGUAAAUUUUAUUUUUAUUGGUCCAAAUUAUAAUUAAAUAGCAAUAUUAUUAUAUACAGCGAGAAAUAUUUCACGAUUUUUUAUUUUCUUCUUUGAUAUAAAAAUGUUGCUUUACUCUUCAUUUUUAAAUGGACAUGAUAUAAUUUUAAAAGCACAAUAUUUUGUUCCUGAAUUGUAUGGCUAAGAAUUUAAAAAAAAUGUUUUCACCCCUGGGAACCUAUUAAAUUUUAUUUUUAAAAAUCUAUUUCAAAGAUUGAUGCUAACAUUACUUGCAAUACCUGUAGCCUGAGGCUUAAAGGUCAAGGCCCUUUACAGUUUGAGGCAAGCAC